ACAUCGGCAGUCCCCAUUAUAUCGCGUUAGUGCUUAAGGGUGAAGCGAGCUGUUUGGUUGUUCUGGUUGCAAUGCGAUGCCGGUCGAGGGACAGUCUGAUCAAGGACAAGGACGACAGGUCUGAUGACGUGCCAGGUUGGACGGGAAUCCGGGUGAUCGCUUCAACGACAAAACGUAGUGCAUGAACAUUUUAUCAUUAGAACAUCUUUCUUGCCGAGGUGACUACCGUACUACCAGCCAUGCCCAGCUUUCCUGCGAAACAGCUGUCAGUGGUUGGAGGCAUACUGUUCAGCUACUACUUUGCGUCAAGUGUGAUAUCUCCAUUCAUACCCUUUCUCACACAUGACUUUUUCCCAUACCUCAAGGCAAACGAGAUUGGCUACUAUUCAGGCUUCCUGGCAAGUGCUUACUUCAUUGGCAGCUUCUUCGGUAGCUCCAUGUGGGGAAAGCUGUCUGAUAUCCUGGGUCGUAGACCCAUCCUUAUGUGUGGCAUAAUGGGGUCUAUAUCAAGCAGUGUGUUUUUUGGAUUCAGCAUGUCCUUUGCAUGGGCGGUAUCAGCCAGAUUUCUGUGGGGCUUCUUGGAUGGAAAUCUGGGAGUGGCAAAAACCUACCUAUUUGAGGCAACAGAUGAAGUGUACCAUGCGUUUACAUUUUCAUUGGUAGGAGCGUCAAGUGGCCUGGGCAGGAUUGUGGGUCCCAUAGUGGGUGGAUUCCUGUCCUGUCCUGCUGUUCGUAUACCAGGCUUUGAUGUCUUCAUCUUCAGGAAGUUCCCUUACCUGCUACCGUGUCUUGCUGGAGUCUGCCUUUCUAGUAUCAACCUAUUAGCUUCUUGUUUCUUCCUGAAGGAGACCCGUAUUAGAGAGGAAGAAGACUUAGACAGUGAGCAUGGGAAUGAAGCCAUAAGCAGGCAGAAGAUCACACAAGCAGAAGAUAAGUCCAGUCUCUGGUGCUGUCGUCCAUGCUGCAAAAAAAUCUGUCGGCAACAAACACGACAAGGAAGUAAUAAGAGUGUUCCAAUACGUAAGCUGCUAAGGGACAGGAGAAUCCUACUGUCCUGUGUUCUGUAUAGUCUUUUGGGGUUCUCUGCAAUACUCGACAACGUGCUGCUGCCCCUGCUGCUAGUGUCCAGUCAUGAAGAAGGUGGCUUCAACUUUGAUACGUCAAAGAUUUCCCUGGUGCUCACGGGGUCGGCCAUUUUCCAAAUUGUCAGCCAGAUCGUUGUCUUCCCAAACCUGGCCAGGAUUUAUUCUACAAGACCCUGUUUCGAGCUGCAGUCUUCAUGUCCAUGAUUGGAACAGUGUGUACGCCCUUUAUGAACCAAAUGACCGGUCUUGUACCUGGUCUGCCCUGGCCGUUGAACUUCCCCUGGCCUUUUACCUGGUAGUGUUGAUAUACGUCAUCAUCCUGUGCCUGACCCUGAUACUCCCUGAUUCCAUCAACAAACCAAGGGUGGAGGACAUCAGAGAGGAUGCAGAGGAGAAACUCUCGGAUGAUAAAUCAGUCGUGUACAACCCUAAGGAAGAUUUAAAGGCCUCCUUUCAGUUAACUUCUGACCAAAUCAGCAGUAGAGCUCGUUCCAAAUCACCAAGAGGGUUUUGAAAUAAUAUUUGUGAUAAGUCGCACGAUUUUAAGUAAACCUAAGACCUUAGAUCCUCCUGCAACUAGUGUAUUGGUCAGCUCGGCAGGCGUACUUUCUCUUUUAUUUUAAGUCAAAGUUCCCUCACAAUAGUUCCAAGUUGUUCAAACAUCUAAAAAUGGAAGUUUGAACAUGUUUCAUUUUAUCUAUAUGUAUUAGAAAUAUUGUGAAAUUAACUAUACAAACACCUCUCUAUUUAGAACAAUUUCCAAACAUUUCCACUGUUGGAACAUGUUCCAAAAUAUUUGCGUCAUUUUCAAAAUUAUUGCCUUAAUAAAAGUACGUGUGAUCCAG